UUUUCUUGACCAUCGACUUGGAUGCUUCUUCCCCCAUUUCAUCUCCUUAAUUUUUGUUAUUGCAUGCUAAUUCAUUCAUCUCAGAUAUCAAACAUCACCUGCAUUUACUUCAGUCAUUAUAUAUAUUGCCCCACAAGGAGCAGGGGAUAUAUAAGUUUUUUAUUUUUAUUUUUUCAUAUUUAUACUGCCUUAUUUAUCCCCAUGUUGUUUGAUUCAAGGAUAUCUUUCCUCUAAUUGAUAGGCAAUCAUGGGAGACCAACCCCCAAAUGACAAGAAGGAGGAGCAAGUGGUCCUCGAGCCGGCCGUCCGCUCCCGGUGGACGCCAAAGCCGGAGCAGAUACUGAUUCUUGAGUCCAUCUUCAACAGCGGCAUGGUCAACCCGCCCAAGGAGGAGACGGCGAGGAUCCGCAGCCUCCUGGAGAAGUUUGGCGCGGUGGGCGACGCUAACGUCUUCUACUGGUUCCAGAACCGCCGGUCGCGGUCACGCCGCCGACAGCGGCAGCUGCAGGCUGGCCUCGCGGCCGCAGUUGCAACUUCACAGGAUCAGCAUGUAAUCUCCUCCUCCUCCUUCUCGGCCUCGACUGCCACGGCUGUGAAUGAUACUUUCGCUUCCUCUUCUGUGGGCUUCUUUCCUUAUGCACCUUCUUCUUCUUCUUCUUCAUCGUCAUCGUCGGGAGGUGAUCUUUUAUCGAUCUCUAGCCACAUGGGAUUCUCUCAGAGAAGAACUCAGGAUAUGAAUCCCUUUGAGCGCUCUUCUGGCGCGGCACCCCAGUUGCAACAUCAACCUUCCGGAACAAUCACAGUCUUCAUCAAUGGAAUCCUCUCGGAGGUGCCAAGGGGGACGUUCGACAUGAGAUCAAUGUUUGGUUAUAAUGCGAUGCUUGUCCAUUCCUCUGGAGAAGUUGUUCCACUCAAUGAGUAUGGAUUCCUAAUGCAGAGCUUGAAAAUGGGUGAAAGCUACUUCUUGGUUUCUUCAUCUACUUGACUAUUGCAAGCUGCAUCAGAAACGUACCAAGUUAGCCAAAAGCAUGUUAUAUAUCAUAACCUUGUAGGUUUCUACUUGGAGUACUGUCUACUUGAUUGUAGAGGCGGUUGAAGAUUAUAUAUAGUACCCAGCUGCAUCAUGUAUAUGAUAAAUUGUUGAAGCUUUUCAUACAUUUUCACUGGUAGCAGAAUUAUAUUCCAGAGUUUGAGUAGCAAUAGCUAUAUAAAGACAUUAGCCUUGUUAAAUGCUGGCAUUAUAUUCCAUAUUCAAAUCAUUUCUGUGUUGUAAUCCUGCACCAAUGUUCUUAAGAUUAAGAGGUUGCUGCUACAAUAUAAUUAAUGAAAUUUUGAUUCAUAA